AUGGCCGCUAAUUCGAACCCCGACGAGGCAGUCGCCAUGGAUCUCAAAGAUGGAGACUUCAAGAUGACUGAGGAGACAUCGGCUGGCGAGUCGCUGGAUGUGGUGCUCGACCCCAAGAUGGAGCAGAAGCUCCUGAUGAAACUAGACAUGGCCUUCGUGCCCAUCAUUAUGCUCACCUACUUGUCCUGCUUUUUGGACCGCGCAAAUAUCGGAAACGUCAAGGUCGCGAACAUGCCGGAAGAUAUCCAUGCCUCGGAUAGUCAAUACUCAACCGCCGUUUCCAUUUUCUACGUCACCUAUGUCCUCUUCGAGUCGCCAUGGGCUGUGCUCAUGAAGAAAUUGACCCCUCGCAACAUCUUGACCGGCUUGUGUAUCGUGUGGUCUUUGACCACCGUUUUCACGGGCUUCAUCGAGUCUGUGGGCUCCCUUUAUGCGACGAGGCUCAUUCUCGGUGCGUGCGAGGCCGGGCUGUUUCCGUGCCUGAACUUGUAUUUGACUAUGGUCUACCGUCGUGAGGAGCAAGCGAAGCGCGUAUCCUAUCUGAUGAGCUGUGCCGCCAUCUCCGGGGCCGUCGGUGGGUUGCUGGCCUAUGCCAUCCUCCAUAUGGAUGGGGUUGGAGGCAAGGCAGGCUGGAGAUGGGUAUACAUCAUUGAAGGCCUUUUUAGCGGCCUGUGUGCUAUUCUCAUCUGGUUCGGCCUGCCGAAUAACCCUGCCGAGGCCUAUUUCCUCACCGAAGAAGAGAAAUGGAUGAUGCGCGUGCGCAAUGAACAACGUCGGCAGUACAUGGGGAGCGAAACGUUCAGCUGGGAGGAGAUGCGCAAUGCACUACGCGACCCCAAGCUCUACCUUUCGGGAGCCGUUCAAUUCUGCCAGGAUAUUCUCCUGUAUGGAUUCAGCACCUUCUUGCCCGGCAUUCUCCACGGCAUGGGCUAUAGCUCUCUGAUGAGUAACGUGAUGACCAUCCCGGUCUAUCUCUGGGCUGCCAUGGUCUUCAUCGCUGUGGCGUUCUGUGCUGAUCGAUACUCCAAGUUUGCAUCGUUCAUUUUUAUCUGCAACCUUUUCGGCAUCAUCGGCUACAUUCUGUUGCUGACCGUGAAAAGCACCGCUGUGCAGUUCUUUGCAACCUUCUUGAUUGGGAUUGCCACUUAUACCGGUCCUGGGCUGAACAUCGCGUGGCUGAAUGUGAACACUGCCCCUCAGUACCGACGAGCUCUGGAAGUCGGAUUACAGCAAACCAUGGGCAACUGCGCUGGAAUCGUGGCCGGCCAGAUUUAUCGCAAGUCGCCAUAUGUGCUCGGUAAUGCCUUCUCGCUGGGCGCGCUGGUCGUGUCACAGGCUGUCGUGACGGGCCACGGCUUCUAUCUGCGUCGUGAGAAUCGCGCCAAGGAACGGAUUGAGAAUGGCGAGAAGGAGGACAACCGACGGGUUCGCACGGGCGAUAGCGCGGUGGAUUUCAAGUACCUCUACUGA